AUGGCUUUGCAGGAUAUGGCAACUAUACAGGCUCUCCUCUGCCUUGUUCAGUAUUAUUUUAGAGCGCAGACAGAGUCUCCUAUUUGGUUUGUCAGUGCCAUCACUCACGUGCACCUAGUCGGCCUUGCUCUGCGUCUUUGUGUCAAGCUUAGAUACCACCGUAAACUUGCAGAUAGUCCCGAGGCCAAAGGACUGAGUCCAUACACCAUGGAGCUUCGAAAGCGGUUCUUUUGGUGUGCAUAUUGCUUUGAUCGGUACGUUUUGAUUCCGAAGACUCACAUUCCGAAACAAAUUUUCCGGAAAAGCAAAGCUCAUUCUCAAUUCAGAUCCCUAGCCAUUUGGUCCAAGCUUCCAUUCGGUAUCAGUGAUUCAGACAUAGAUGCGGAGAUCCCCAUUGACAUAGACGACACCUGUACCGAUGAACACAAGAUUUCACAAAUGCAGCUCAACGCAAACACCAUGCCGCAAGAACAUGAAGACAGAAGCAUCACAACGAUGACUGCUGCGUUGCACCAUCUCCACGCUCAACAUCCCUGGCCAUACGAAGCUAAUGAUCCCAGAACAAGAUACACAGGACCAAAUGCGAAAACCCCGUCACUUGCCGAAGUGCAAGAAAUUCUUUAUGAGCUCGAGCAGUGGAAACAGCAAGCACCUGAUGAAAAAUACUCAAAGCGCUUUCCGCAGCAAAGUCCCGACCGGGUACAGGCCACAUACACCCAAGCAGUUCUUCUCUUGAUCCGGCCCAUACUGAUGGCCAAAGAGAUUCAUCCUGAUCUCAUAGGUCUUUGCGUCGAAUUUGCCGUCGAGGCAUGCUCGGUAUGUAACAAACACCCCAACGUGUACCAUUGCUUUUACUGUGGUGUGACCUUGCUACAGUGCCUGGCCAUCUCACCAACAGCAUUAACAGCACGACGCACUCACCAGGCAAUAAGCGCUUGUCUUAGCGCAUUGGCAGUAUAUACCCGAGUGCUGCCCGCAAUUGCACCUUUUCUGCGGUUAUUCGAGGAUCUCUCAAAUCUUUUGGUUUAUGACGACAAUAGAUCCGAUACUCCUCCCAGCCCGGAGGUGCGGAAUGUCUUGAACAGGAUCGUCUCCAGCGAUCCAUCGGAAGCAUCCGGGAUUCUGCACUCCUUGUCCGGUCGGAAAUCACGAGAAGUCCCAAUACCGGAGACACUGGCAGCAGAGACGAUGCUGGCUCAACCAACGCAAUAUGAUUCCAUUCUUGGUGGUCAAUCGUCCGUGGCAUUCGGUGCGGAUUUCUCACUUGAGAUGCCUUUGGAUAUAUCUCCGUUAUAUGCGCCUGAUAUUGAA